AAAAAUGAAAACAUGUCGGGGCGUGGUUGCAGAGAAGAUAAAACGCGCCCACUUAUCAGACUUGGCAUUUUAGGGUCUCACUUGUCCGCCCUUUCAUCCAUGGCUUCUGAGAAAGAAGCUGCCCUUGCGGCUGUUCCUUCUGAUUCUCCAACCAUAUUCGACAAAAUUAUAAACAAAGAAAUCCCUUCUACUGUUGUUUAUGAGGAUGAUAAGGUUCUUGCAUUCAGGGACAUUUCUCCCCAAGCUCCCACACAUAUCUUGAUCAUCCCUAAAGUCAAGGAUGGCUUAACCGGUCUCUCUACGGCAGAGGAGAGGCACUGUGAGAUACUUGGGAAACUUCUGUACGCUGCCAAACUUGUAGCUAAGCAGGAAGGACUUGAAGAUGGAUUCAGGGUUGUCAUUAACGAUGGUCCCAAAGGAUGUCAAUCUGUUUAUCACCUUCACAUUCAUCUUAUUGGGGGACGACAAAUGAACUGGCCCCCUGGCUAAUGUGAGUUUUAGCUAAUCAAAAUUAGAUGGUGGAUGAUAAGAUUUCCUAUGGGUAAGAAUGUUGCUUGUCUACCAUCUAUCCUGCAAGGUGACUGUAUUUUCUCUUUCAUCUUCCAAAGAACAAUGUCUACCCUCUGCCUGUAUUGGUAUGGGUGUUACUAAGGUAGCAUGCGGUUGCUCUUGUUUGGUUCUAUUUUACUUGGAGCAAAUGCAGAAUGUUUCAUAGGAAAUAAACAGUCGGAACUCCUAAUACUGUUGUCAGUGGAUGUGUUAACUCGAUGGCAAUGCAUUAAGUGAAUAGAUAUGCUGCUGGAAAAGAAAAGGUUUAAAGUAGUAAUUUGCUUGUAAUUUUAGUAGGUAUAUAUUUUGGCAGUAGUGGGCUUUAUUUGGGGAGACUGUCGAUACCUUGUUGCCAUGAAAAUCCUGAUUUGAAGUUGCGAGGUUCAAGGUAUUGUACAAUUUGUAUAAGCUUCUGAACCCACGGUUAAAUACUAGGAGUUUCUGAGCCCUUCCUAGA